AUGGGAAUCCUUCUUUCUAAAUUAUGGCGUAAACUUACCAGUAAAGAGGAGGUGAAAAUCGUGCUCGUCGGGUUAAAUAACGCGGGAAAAACAACAGUUUUGUAUAAAUUAUUAUUAAAUGAAGUAGUUGUAACAACACCAACCAUAGGUAGUAAUGUCGAGGAAAUCAUUUAUAAAAAUAUUCAUUUCUUAAUGUGGGAUCUCGGUGGGCAAGAUUCUUUACGUGCAACAUGGAAGACCUAUUAUAUAAAAACAAAAUCUGUAAUUAUGGUCAUUGAUAGUACUGAUAAAGAUCGAUUACAUUUAUCAAGGACUGAAUUGCAUACGAUGAUGGAGGAUGAGAAUCUUAAAAGUGCUGUAUUAUUAGUAUUUGCAAAUAAGCAAGAUAUGAAAGGGGCAUUAACUGCUGCACAAAUAUCUGAAGCUUUAAAUUUAACAAGCUUAAGAGAUCGUCAAUGGCAUAUACAG